AUGGAGGCGCUGUCUAAACUGUCCACGGGGUUCCAUGACUUUGCUGCAACUGUAUCUACACACUCUUUCGUUCAUGAUGAUGUUGGGUCACUUUCCUCAGCUCCCUCAAUCCUCCCAAUCGUCUCUACUGAGAGCAUGGACAGUGGAAACGAUGUUUCAAACCAUGGGAGAAGUAUAAUGAAUAUGAAAAUGAGUCCAGGAGGGAGCAAUAGUAAUGGUGAAAUGGACAAAAUGGGCGGGUAUGUGGUCGACCAUCAACCUCCCCCAAAAAAGCUCUUUUCAGAUGAUAUCCCUGUUCUUGACCCCUUUCCAGGCUAUUAUGGCUUCGAUUUAUAUCGUCCCCUAUGUGAAGAUGCUUAUGACUCAAUUGAGACUAAACCCAGUACGGCUUACUUUUUCUUUAAAGAUGAUCAAGGAUGGACGAAUCUUUAUGCAAAGAAAGCACCAACUUGGUGGACGCUAUCUUACUGGUGUCAGCGCCAGCCUCCAGAAGGUUGUUUUAUCAGAUUAACUCCUGUUUAUGGAACUUCUGAUAAGCAACAGGAGGUUAUUCAAAGGUGCCUUGAGGACUUUAUGGCCUCACCAACCCCUGGUCUCUCUCGCUACAGUAUGAUUUUGGUGGGUAAUUCGAAUGCUGAAUACUUCUACGACCCCACAACUGAGCGUCUUUGUGUAACUUUGCCCUACGAACGCCCAAAAGAAGGAUGCGAAUACAGUCAAUUCAAUGGAAAAUUCACAUGUUUCAACAGUUGUCUCUAUAACGGGGGACAAGGCAACAAGAAACCUCUCUAUCUCAUCAUAACCCUGGAAAGACCAAUGAAAAAUGGAUCACCAACUGAUGGGCCAUGUGAAGUUCUUGGGAGACAAUGUUUGAAGUUUCGAAGCUGUGCUUGUCCCAAGCGAGACAAGGAUAAUAAUGAGAGGCGUAUGGCCCAAGAUAUGAGUGAUGGAAAUAUAACUUCUGCAGGAGCUUCCACUUCAAAGAGACGACGAGAAGGUGUUUCUCAGCGAGCAUCAAGAAGUUCGCGUGUGAAGACCUUCACCAUGAACUCGGAACGCGUGGGUACGCCACAAUUCUUUCAACAGGAUGAAAUCUCAUCCAGUUCUAGUUAUGACGAUUUGGUGCAGAUUGAUGGAGAAUCCUUCCACAUCAUUUUGAUGCCAGCCUAUUUGCCAGGAGGGGCUAAUACACUUCGUCAGAUGAGAUCUGCUCUAUUGAAAAUAUUUCAAGUUGCUCGGGAAUGUGAGGAGGACCGCAAACCCUCGAAUGGUUAUAACCAGGAAAGGCAAGAUGAUAUGAUGCAGGCACUUAAUUCUAUUGAAGGUCGGACUGCUUCGUUACUACGAGAGAUCCAAACAACACCAGGGUUCGGGAAUCCAAAUAGCUGUUCAACCGACUCUCAACCAAACUCCUCAGGUUCUCAUAACUUCCAGAAUCAAGGCGUUGCUUCCUCCGGAACGAUUGAUCUCAUUGGUAGUUCAACUCUUGAUCUUCUAGCCUACGAUCAUUUACACUCUCAACAUUUGAUAAAGUCGGAGAACAAUUUUCUCCAACCCUUCUCGGGUCAAACUAAUGAGUAUCAUAGAAAUACCCGGAUGAACUAUGCUUCAACACUGGCAGCACCUCUUGAAAGUACUCUUCAACAGAGAUGUUUUGAAAACACUGGGAAUGGUACUGAUCUCUCAACUUUUAAUGGUGGCCACACAAGUAUGGAUUCAUCAACAGUGGCUGCAUAUGCGAUGAUGCCUUCAGCGUUUCAGUCAUUCCGUGACACUGAUACUGUGCAUCACUACCAACCAAAUGUUUUCACAGCUUCUCAGAACGCUGUCAAUCCUUCCCUUUCGGUCGCUUCAAUAUCCCAAGACAAUGGAUGUGCGUUAGUUUCAGCAUUUGGCGCCGCAGUGUCUUCCAGUCACAAUGGUGGAAAGAUGUUUGACAAUGGCUCCAACUCCAGACAACAGCAGUGUCAUCAGAACAACGGGACGGAUGUUUCAAUGAGCAACUCAUCCUGUGGCACCUCUUCACCUAUAUCACCGGCGUCUUCAAGCAAGAAUUAA